CUCCUUCCCAUCCUAACCAUCGCAUCAGAGAGUCCUGGUAUAACUCAUUCUAUUUGCACCGCGACUGUGAUGGACGACAGGAUGCGGCUUCAGGCGAGGCCGCCGCGAUGAGCCAAGCUUAACUCUCCCUGCAUUCAAUCCACCACUCGAAGCCAUUGCUGAACCAUCAUCAUGCCACUAUCAAAACGACCACCACCGUACGUGGAGGCGGAAGAUUCCAGGAGACCGCCUCUUCGACCGUCUCAAACCGAGGACCUGAAUCACCACUCGUUGCCCGGCGAUGAGAUCUCCGUGGAUGAGCAGGCUGCGGUCCUGCAAGCAAUGUCACUAGAAUCGCCGCCGGGCCUGGUCCAGUCACCGAGCAGCUACUCGACGGAACUUAGCCCCGUCAGUCCUACUGUGGUAUCUGCCCCAACUACGACCUUGACUUCACCUUCGCCGACAUCAUCAGCGACGCCAUUGAAGUUCAAGUCGGCAUUGCAAGACAUUCGGCAUUUCGCCGGUGGCCUGAUCGCCCACCCCUACGAGUCCACCAAGCAUUACUCCAUCCUGCGCCAUUCUCACGGCUUGGUCUACUAUAGUGGCUCCACGACAAAUCUGGCCAUCACCAUUUUCUCGGACAGAGAGCUACCCUCGGAUCGGACACUAUGGCUUCAGCGCAAGGGCUUCUCCGGCAAGACAGGCCUGAAGAUUGGCGGCCUACUCGGUGCCAGGAGUACGUGGAUCGACGUGACCCCCACCGUCAAGGCGACCCCUGAACAACUCAACCCGACCGACGAGCGAGCGUGGCAGAGGGACAUCAAGAAGUUCGUCAAAAAGGCACCCAAAGAGAUCCGCUCCCACCGAGUUCGCGAGACCGAUGUACUCCGGAUCCCAUGCGAAGCCGACGACGGUUACCUCAGAGUCGUCUUGUGUACGGCCGAGGGUAAAAAGGUCUUGUGCGGAAGUCCCAUAUUCCGACUAGCAUCCUCGUCCACUGAGUUCAGCACUCUUCGUGGAGCUUCCAUCAAGACUAUGCCGCUGGAGAUGGGCAUCAAAAUCGGUCAAAUGAUUGGAAGCAACAUCAUGUCGGCCACCCUCACUCCGCUCGCUGACCAGGCCAAGUCGACAGUCACGAACCAGGUGUCUCAGAUUUACAAGCCUGGUUUUGCCGCGCAGGAAGCGGCGACUCUGGCUUAUGAUAGCAGUGGCGUGUCGGACAAGAUUGAAAAUGUCAAUCAGCAGUACGACAGUGCUCGGGAGAAUUCGUACAGCUCGAUGCAACCGACGACGACGUAUGACGCUUUACAGCGGCCGGACAUCGUGGGUCCCGAGUCAGGUCCAGUCGCUCCAUUCCCUGUUCGCUUCCACGGGAAAGUGGUGCCCGGCACGGGGCGAAGUAGGGCAAUGUUGAACAUCCCUACUGCGAACUUGUCCGGCGUGCCCGAGGAUAUUCUCGUUAGGUACAAGGGUGUCUUCUUCGGCUGGGCGGCGGUGAGUCUGCCCAAGAAACUGGCCACUGAGACAGACGUGCCGAGUGACUGGCUCAAGGCUGUCGUUUUCAUGUCUCCGGAUCCCGAUAGGAGGAGGACGGUUGUCCACAAGAACACCGCGAGGGUGUAUUUUCUUCAUGACUUUCGGGGCGCUCAACUCGUCGAAGCCAAAGUUUCAGUCAUGUUGAUGGGGUAUCUACGUGCAUUGCAGGAUCCGAACCCCUAUGAAGAGCCGGAUGUCGAGUCCAUGCAGUUUGACACGUACAAGGAUAUUGCCAUCACCACGGCGAGCCUGAACCGACCGGCCUGGGCGGCUGAGGCGACUUUGGACCGUGUCAAGUCAGCGGCGUCCAGUCGAAACAUGAGUGAGCGGUAUGUCGAUUUCCGUCAAACCACGCAGAGACAGAUGGAUCGAGUGCCGGUGAACAGACUUGGGAUCAGGACGGAAGGGGCCGCGUUGAGGGAUAAGUUGAUCGGGGUUGGAGGUGUUUGGGUGCCGAGAGAUGGCUUGGCGUAUAGUUAUACUGCUUGAGUAGUGGAAGUGUGUCACAGUGUUGCCAGAUGGUCAUCAUAUGAGGUAAAGAGAUGGUAAAGAGGUGGUAGGAUGUAAUGUAUGGGGUACAGUGAGAGAGAGAUAUCCGGCAAGGUAGCAAAUGCUGUGUUGGCAAGUGGUAUACCAUUCGGAGGGUGGUAAAUCUAAUGGUAUAUAUUGGAUGAUGAUCAGAAAGACAUGAGUUGUUCAAUACCCACCCAACUCCUU